AUGGGGGAUCCAGGACAAUCCCCUGGUCUUUGGUUCCCCCAUGGUAGCCCCCCAACUCUAAGCAUUCUCACUCUCCUGCUGCUUCUCUGUGGAUAUGCUCAUUCUCAAUGCAAGAUCCUGCGCUGCAACGCCGAGUAUGUCUCGUCCACGCUGAGCCUCAGAGGAGGCGAGUCCCCAGGGGAGCUCGGCGGCGGCCGGGGUGCUGGGCUGGGCUCCGGCGGCCUGUGCCGCGCGCUCCGCUCCUACGCGCUCUGCACGCGGCGCACGGCGCGCACCUGCCGCGGGGACCUGGCCUUCCACUCGGCCGUGCACGGCAUCGAGGACCUGAUGAUUCAGCACAACUGCUCGCGCCAGGGCCCCACAGCCCCGCCCCCGCCGCGGGGCCCCGGCCUUGGGGGCGCAGGACCCGCCCGCUCCUCUGGGCCCCCGGCCCCGGACCCCUGUGACUACGAAGGCCGCUUUGCCCGGCUUCACGGCCGGCCCCCGGGCUUCCUGCAUUGCGCCUCCUUCGGGGACCCUCACGUGCGCAGCUUUCACCACCACUUUCACACGUGCCGCGUUCAAGGGGCUUGGCCCUUGCUGGAUAACGACUUCCUCUUUGUUCAAGCCACCAGCUCCCCCGUGGCUUCGGGGGCCAACGCCACCACCACCCGGAAGCUCACCAUCAUAUUUAAAAACAUGCAAGAAUGCAUUGAUCAGAAGGUCUACCAGGCCGAAGUGGACAAUCUUCCUGCAGCCUUUGAAGACGGUUCUAUCAACGGAGGCGACAGGCCUGGGGGCUCAAGCUUAUCCAUUCAGAGCGCUAACAUUGGGAGCCACGUGGAGAUCCGAGCUGCCUAUAUCGGCACAACAAUAAUCAUCCGGCAGACAGCCGGCCAGCUCUCCUUCUCCAUCCGAGUAGCUGAGGACGUGGCCCAGGCCUUCUCGGCUGAGCAGGACCUGCAGCUCUGUGUGGGAGGCUGUCCCCCCAGCCAAAGACUCUCUCGGUCAGAGCGCAGUCGCCGGGGAGCCGUAUCCAUUGAUGAGGCCAGACAGUUGUGCAAGAAAGGGCUGCCUGUGGAAGACGCUUACUUCCAUUCCUGUGUCUUUGAUGUUUCGACCUCUGGUGACCCUAACUUUACCAUGGCCGCUCAGACAGCUCUAGAGGAUGCUCGAGCCUUUUUGCCAGACUUAGAGAAGCUGCACCUCUUCCCCUCCGAUGCUGGGGUUCCUCUGUCCUUGGCCACCUCCCUAGUCCCACUCCUUUCUGGACUCUUUUUUCUUUGGUUUUCCAGUCAAUAG